AUGUCCUUCACAAACUUGAGUCAACAUUAACCUUCUUCAUCUCGAAAAUUUAUUUCGUCAUCUUUGGUUUUCUACAAAUCUGAGGAGAAAAUGGAAGGUGGGUUUUAUUCAGACUGGAAUGCUAGUUCUUCAUCGCUGUUCGGAUCAGAGAAUCUGGAGGAAGAGUUGGAGGAGGUAAUUGUAAGAGCUGAAUCGCUUUUCUCUCGGCUUCCUCAGCCUCCGACACCAAUGGAGCCAAUGAAGUUUCUGUCCAGAUCAUGGAGUCUAUCCGGUUCUGAAAUCUCCAAAGCUCUAGCUCAGAAACAGAGACAACACCAAGAUCUGUCUUCUGUUGCCCAGAACAGUCCUAGCGUCUUCUUCCACGAUUAUGCUGCAGAUCCACUCAUGGCAGGGAAGAUCAUGAACUCAACUGGUACACGUAGAUCAGGGAGAUUAUCAAAGUGGUUUCACCAAAAAGAACACAUUAACCCGAGGAACCUGAAGAAGAAGGAUAAAGCGCGUGUGGAGAAAGCCCAUGUUCACUCUGCUGUGUCUAUUGCAGCUCUGGCAGUUGGGUUAGCGUCUGUGACCUCUGAGGAAAGCUGCAGCAGAGAGUCAAGCUCCAUGAUGGCCCUGGCUCUGGCCUCAGCUACAGAGCUACUGGCUUCGCAUUGCAUAGAGAUGGCUGAGCAAGCAGGUGCUGAUCGCACUUGCGUUGCUUCCACUGUUAGGUCUUCCGUUGAUAUCCACUGCCCUGGAGAUCUCAUGACUCUCACAGCCGCGGCAGCAACUGCAUUGAGAGGAGAAGCAGCUUUGAAGGUGAGGCAGCCAAAGGAAGCAAAGAAGAACGCAACUAUCACACCUUUUGAGAGGAGUUUCUCUGACUCUAACUGGAAUGCAAAUUGUCAAUUUAGAUUGGAAGAAACAAAUCUUCCUUUAGAGGGUGAACUGAUGCAAUGUGCAAGAAAUGGUGGGCAGCGAACUAAGCGAGUUUGCGUCUAUAUCAACAAGAAGUCUCAGGUACUUGAGCAGACUGGAUUUUAUCUGUCAGAGACACACUUAAUGUGCUUCAUAUCGUAUACCACAUGCUUACGCUUGAGAGCUCUACAAAUUUCUCAGGUCAUGAUCAAACUCAAAAGCAAACACGUCGGAGGGACAUUCUCCAAGAAGAUCAAAUGUGUUGUCUAUGGAGUCUGCGACGAGAUAUCUGUAUGGCCUUACAGGAAAGAGAGGAAAAAUAUAGAAGAAGUCUAUUUUGGUCUGAAAACUGGGACGGGUCUUUUGGAGUUCAAGUGCAAGACUAAGAUUCAGAAGCAGAGAUGGGUUGCUGGGAUUCAGUCUACUCUUCGCCAAGUGGCUUGUCUUGAGGCUACCAAAUUCUCUCUCGAAUCUCUGAGCCUCAGCGAACGUAUGUGAUAGAAUCCUGUAGAUACUUAUUAUUCACAGUUCC